AUGAAUGAUAAACUAAAAAAGCAUGAAUCAAGUAAAGAACAUAUUAUGAAUAUGAGCAAAUGGUUUGAGUUAGAAUCAAGAUUAGCGAAAAAUAAUACAAUUGAUAAAGAAACUCAAAUUCUUACAAAUAAAGAUAAGGAACAUUGGAAAGAUGUACUUAAAAGAAUUAUUGGCGUUGUAAAAACUUUUAGCAUGAACAAUAUACCAUUUCGUGGAGAUAACGAAAAACUUUAUGAAAAAAACAAUGGUAAUUUUUUAGCUAUUGUUCAAAUGAUUGCAGAAUUUGAUUUCGUAAUGAAAGAACAUGUUAGACAAAUAAAGAACAAAGAAAUCUACAAUCAUUAUCUUGGUCAUAAUAUGCAAAACGAACUUAUUAGUUUAUUAGCAUGUGAAGUUAAAAAUAAAAUUGUUAACAAAGUUAAGGAAGCUAAAUAUUUUUCAGUUAUACUUGAUUGCACACCCAAUACUAGUCAUAAAGAACAAAUGUCAAUUAUUUUACGAUGCUUAGAUAUCUCAUCAACACCGAUUGAAGUUAAAGAAUAUUUUUUUGAAUUUAUUAUAGUAGAUGAUACAACCGGUAAAGGUCUAUUUGAUGCUAUGGUUGAAGAAAUUAGUAAUAUAGGACUUGACAUAAAUAAUAUUAGAGGACAAGGCUAUGACAAUGGUUCAAAUAUGAAAGGAAAGCAUCAAGGUGUUCAAAAAAGAUUGUUAGAUAUUAAUCCUAGAGCCUUUUAUACACCAUGUGGUUGUCAUAGUUUAAAUUUAGUUCUUUGUGAUAUGGCUAAUUCGUGUACAAAAGCUUGUGAGUUUUUUGGAAUUAUACAACGUACUUAUACAAUUUUUGCUUCAUCAACCAAAAGGUGGAAAAUACUACAAGAUUGUUUACCAAAAUUAACUCUAAAACCUUUAUCACAAACACGGUGGGAAAGUAGGGUAGAAAGUGUUAAGGCAAUUAGAUAUCAAGCACCACAAAUAAAAAAGGCACUUAUGAAAUUAUAUAGUGAUGAUGAUGCAAAAGUUCUAAGUGAAGCUAAAUCCUUGGCAGAUUUUGAAUUCAAUAAGUUUGAAUUUUUAUUAGGAAUAGUUAUUUGGUAUGAAAUUUUGUGUGCUAUUAAUCGUGUUAGCAAGAGCUUACAGGAAAAAGAUAUGUGUAUUGAUAGUGCUAUAAAAAAAUUAGAUGGCCUUUUGUGUUAUUUUGAAAAUUAUAGAGAAAAUGGAUUCGAAAAUGCUAUUAAUGAUGCAAAAGAAAUCGCAUUAGAGAUGGAUGUAGAACCUAUGUUUCGUGAAAAACGUAUCAUCCAUAGAAAUAGACGAUUUGAUGAAAAUGUUGCUAAUGAAACUACUGUUGGUGCAGUUGUCUGUUGA